UGGUUUGACAUUCUCACAACUGUGGGGAAUUAUUCUAAUGCUCACAUGAGCAUGCCCAGCCUUCAGCUGGAGUUCAUGUAUGAUCCUGGGGUCAUGAUAGCAUUUUCAGGAAGGAUAGUCAGGCAUGGGGUCCAUGAAAUAGCAGGGGAUCGGGUUGCUUGGGCAUGGUAUAUGAGGGAUUCAGUCCAUAUUUAUGCAGGUGUUCCUUCAUGUGGAUGGGCCAUGAUGGAUUCGGUAAAGAUUCCAUUUGGUGAAACAUCGGCCAAGGAAGGUCAUUAG